AUGACCGUAAAGGGUGGCACAAGCCAAGCCUGUGCUGCUUGCAAAUACCAACGUAGAAAGUGCUCCUCCGAUUGUCCCCUCGCCCCUUACUUCCCUCCUGAUCAGCCCAAAAUGUUCCAAAAUGCUCAUAGAUUAUUUGGUGUAAGCAACAUUCUCAAGAUACUCAAGCAAUUGAAUACCAGCCAGAAAAUGGAAGCAAUGCGAUCCAUCAUCUAUCAAGCCAACAUUCGCGACAGGUUCCCCGUUCAUGGAUGUUGUGGGAUCAUUUGCCACCUCCAGUACCAGAUACAACAAACAGAACAAGAACUCAAUGCUGUUAAUGCACAGCUUGCCAUCUAUCGACAACAUCACAUUGCCUCUUCCCCUCAGCAUCAUUCUCCUUCUUCCCAAUUACAACUGGGCAUGCCUUCACCCAACAAUGCGCUUCCACUGUUCCAACACCAUUCCCACCAGCCCUACAAUGCUGUGGCAACUGGGGUCUCUCUUGCGCCGCAUCACUCUUUCUCUAAUGCCAACAAUGCUGUUUAUAAUACGGCAAUGUACAUGGAUUCCAAAGACAAUUUAGUGAGUCCUUUAUGGGUUCAGCAUCCUUACAACAACAACAAUAAUAAUUCGUCGGUAGCAAUACAGUCUCAAUUGCUUGCUUCACACCAGAUUCCUAUCCACCAAGAAGCAACUGAAGCCCCACAGGACUAUGAUGAGAUCCCUCCAUUCUUUGACACAAUUGAUGACAGACAAUCUUAUAUAGAUUCCAAAGAGGCUUACGAUUCAAGCUCGGAUUCUUCAUUGAAGGAUACUACACAGUCAAUUGAGCAUGUUUCAGAGAAUGAACUCAAGAGCGCUGCUGCUUGCUUCAGUCUCACCAGCGUCAACUGA